AGAACACAAGAAACCACGACAAACCGCAAACAAAACUAAAAUAUUUUCGACCUGCAAUGAGUGAGAAAGACAAACACAUUUGAAAAAAUCUUCAUCAAGAAUAUGAAACAGCAAGAUGCAGUUAAGAUGUUCACCAGAACUGGUGAUGUUUGAUGUUUGCAGAGGUGUUCCGAAGAAGCUCGAGAAGUGAGAGUGAGUUUGCACAUGUUACAGGACCCUGCUCUACAGGCGGGCGUAGUUCAUCGAUCGCCGCUGAAGUUAAUUGCUGCUGAAUGUGAAGAGAUCCGAUCCGAGGCACUAACCUAGAGUCUACAACUUUUUAAUUUUUUCUGUCGGCCAAAUUAGUGGUCGUUCAGACUUUAAUUUUCACCAUGGCAUCUGGGACAACUCUUCAAUCAACGCCAGCCAAAAGCAUAUAUGUGUAUCGGAAUGGAGAUACGAACUUUCAGUGCAAAAAGGUUGUUGUCAACCCACGUCAAGUUAAAAACUGGGACUCAUUUAUUGAGCUCGUCACAGCAAGAGUGAAGGCGAGAAAUGGUGGGGCAGUGAGACGAGUGUUUACACCAACUGGCAGGAAUACAAUUUCGGACUUAGGAGGCAUUGAAAAUAACCAUUUCUAUGUUGCAGCUGGUGCUGAAGGGUUCAAGAGACACCAGUACAAUAAAAUCACAACUUUAACUCCACAAAAGACCAGAUUAUCGAGUGACCCACUAGAUCCAGCUGUAAAGCUUCCACCUAUCAUCAGACCAGUCAAGCAUAGUAGACUCAAAGUUUCAGCAAGAUGUAAAAGAGCAGCUAUAGCAGUUGGUAGCAAAGUUAUCUACGUCUUUCGGAAUGGAGAUGCCAACAGUCCAGCUGUCAAAAUCCUCUUCACAAAGUUCAUGCUCAAGAACUAUGAUGUCGUCUUAAACGAGGUCACGCGGAAGGUCAACAUCAUGACAGGGGCUGUUUGGAAGCUACAUUCACUCGAUGGUAGGCAGUUACACGGGCCAGAAGAGUUUGAGGACCAUGAAUUCUAUGUUGCUAGUGGGCGAGAAAACUUUAAGAAGGUCCCUUACCCCAAGGAUGGUGUCAUUGUAUCGCCAAGGGUACUGAGGCCUGCCCUAGUCAGAAGAAGGAUAACAAGAUUGUCCAAAGACUCCAAAGCAUCAAAAGCAUCCAAGGAAUCAAAAGAAUCGCAAGAAUCACGAGAAUCGAAAGAAUCAAAACCCGCUCAAACGGAGCAGAAAAAAUCCAAGCCCUCAAAACCAUCCAAACCAUCUAAGCCAUCAAAGUCAUCACAGCCGACCCCACCGAAGAUCAAGAAGGAGAAGAGCCCAGAGCAGAAGGAGGCUGAGGAGGUGUUCCAUCACAAACCCACCAUGGUGAAGAGGAGCCGAGAGAGGGAUCAACAACAGAAGGAGAAUGCCUUGGAUUACAGCGAUGAUCCAGAAGGUGUCUUCAAGGCCAAAGAAGAAAGGAACGAGACCAAGGGAGCAGCCGAGGUCCAAGAUACCGUUGAGACUGCCAUCGACCUUCCCAUCGACCAGGUGGCUGCUGAGGAAGUGGAGGAAGAAGAAGACCUUGAUCUGGGGGAUAAUGAGGAUGAUAAGCCAGAGCCACCCAAGGAGUCCGUGGACCUCGUCGGGAGGAUGCUGGAAGACGAUGAGGUACCGGAAGCUAUCCCCGACGAUGCCCCACCCACUGUGGAUGAGGAUGAUAAUGUGGUGGUCAAUGGUGGUGAUGAUGAUGAGGGUGGUGAUGUUGGUGUCGGUGAUGAUGUAGGUGCUGGAGCACAGGAGGAGAAAGCAGGAGGAGGAGCCAAGGAAGAGAAGAACGAGGAGGACCAGCCUAAUGCUUUCUUGACUGAUGACCUAGGUGAGAAUACGCAUGAUGACAACCCAGUCUCCCCUCCCGCUAGAGCCCAAUCACCUAAUGAAAACAACAACAACAGUGCAGAGAACAGGGAUAUUCCACCAGAGAAUAGGGAUGAGCAAGUCAUUGAAACUGCAGGGAGCCCUGCACCUUCUGUCAAGCCAGAGAGUUUACCUCCGCCGUCCCCCACCAAGUCUAAUGGAAGAGUCGAAACUCCCUUUCAGAACAAUAACAAGGGUGCGUUGAGUCGGAAGAGUUCAUCUCGGAGUAGGGAGGGUCAGUCGAGAAUAAGUCCUCACCCACCUGCCACGAAACGUAGCGUGCCACCUUCUCCUGCGGCAAGCAACAGAAGAAGUGUGACCCCGAAGGAGAUCAUAAGCAAUGAUGUAGAAAGUCGACCUCAGAGUCAGAGCGUAGAAGUGGCGGAUUCGGCUCCGAGUCCCCAAGCUCCACCCUCCCCCGCUGUGCAAAAUGGACAAGUCCAGCUACCUGUUGAGAACGAUACCCCAAGACCAGUCAGUGGGGGUGGUCAAAAUGUAGAAGCCACUUUAACUCCUCAUCCUCCACCCUCAGAACAGAAUGCGGCACCCUCCCCCGCGGUGCCAAAUGGCCAAGCCCAGUCACCUGUUGAGAACAGUACCCCAAGACCGGUCAGUGGGGAUGGUCAACCUCCCAGCAGGGGUGGUCAAGUUGUAGAAGCCACGGUAACUCCUCAUCCUCCACCUGCAGACUCAGAGCAGAAUGCGGCACUCUCCUUCGAUGUCCAAAAUGGACCAGCUCAAUCACCGGUUCAAAAUGUUAGCCCAAGACCAGUCAGUGGGGGUGGUCAAAAUGUUGAAGCCACGUCAACUCCUCAUCCUCAACCCUCGGAGCGAAAUGCGCCACCAUCCCCUGCAGCCAGCAAUGCACAAGCCCAGUCACCUAUUCAGAAUGCUAGCCCAAGACCAGUCAGUGGGGACGCUCCACCUGAAAGUGGGGGUGAUCAGAUCGUUGAUUCAGCACCGAGUCCCCACCCACCUGCCUCUGAACGUAAUCCCACACCCACUGCCAGCACUGGACCAGCCCAGUCCCCCAUCAAAGACACUAGCUCCAGACCUGAAAGCACACAUGCUCCUCCAGAAAGCGAUGUUGCCCAAGGUGCCACUGCGAGCCCCAACCCGCCCCCCUUAGAACCCAAUAAACCUACCUCCCCUAAGGGUGAUACUGAACCAUCCCAAUCGCCUGUUAAUCAGGACACUCCACUUGCAAAUAAGGAUGAACAGGCUAUCGAUUCUGCAGAGUCCAAAGACAACGAAGCACCCCUGCCUCAGAAGGAUGUUGACAAUGCCGUAGACACUGAGCCAAGAGAAGGACAAGUGGGCGCAUAAUAUGGAUUCAUUCUGAAACAAACGAUUAUUUUUACAAGACUCUUUCUAUGAGAUAUACAGGGCAGCCUAUGACAGAUUUUAACUUUCUUGUGAACUCAACGAUAAUGUCUUCAUUCCUUCCUCUUCCUUUACGAAUCCCCACCACAUUCAUCGCACUCGAUUCCUUCAGUUUCAGCUGCCAUUUUCCACCAGUUUUUGUUACAUUUAUACAUUCCAUACGUAUACUGUUUGCUUACUUGUAUUACCAUUAUAGAUUCACAGUCAUCCCACCAAUCUUUUCUCAUCCAUCCAUUUGUAUAUAACUUAUCACACUCACCUUCCAUGUAUUCAAAGGAAUGGGAAAUCCCCAUUCCCAGAUUUGUCACUAUAGAAUUUAUCUUCACACUGCACACUUAUAACCUACAGUGUUCUUGUAUUCAAAGUCGUGAUCUUUAUUUUCUGCAUAUGUUUUACUCGAUUUAUCUUGAUUCAUGGGAAUUAUGAACCAUUGUAUAAAUAUCUUAAAUGUAUAUUUCCUAUGAAAUCCACUUUCAAUCCGAUGUAUAAUAAACCACUUUGUACAUUUUGAUAACUAUAUGUAUGUGUAGAUUUCUUAAGUAAGACAUGUAUCGUCUUUUUUAUGUUGGUGUUUAUUGUUGGAAGUGAAUAGCUUUACACCUGAUAAAGAGACUUGAGAAUUGGGAUAAACUUACAU